AUGGCAGCGGCUCCGUCCUCUCUGCAGCAGAUCAGGGACCGGCUGCUGCAGGCCAUCGAUUCCCAAAGCAACAACCAGAACAUCGUGGUGGUGUUGGAAAUCAUCUCCAGCCUGGAGAAAUACCCCAUUACCAAAGAGGCACUGGAGGAGACGCGACUUGGGAAACUCAUCAAUGACCUCCGCAAGAAGACCAAGAAUGAAGGGCUCGCCAAGCGGGCUAAGAAGCUGCUGCGGAACUGGCAGAAGCUCAUUGAGCCUUCCAACUCAUCACUCUCCCCAUCAAUCGAGAUAGGUGGGAGCCCCGAGAGCUUCCCAGGUCCCCUUGGACAGUUGCAGGACCUGGGCCCUGAGAGCAGCUGCUCGAAGCAGGUCAGGAAUGACAAGCAGGGCAUCAUGAUCCCCAUCAAUUCUGUGAGGUCGCACACCAGCUCCCCAGGUCUGGGCAAGCCCUCCAGGCCCUGCGUGCAAAGCAAGGCUGCAGUGCAACAGCAGCUGGAAAGGGCGGACCAGACCUCGGGACCUCCCCACCCCAAAGGGCCACCUCGCAGCUCCUUCAGUCCCCGGAACUCACGGCACAAGGGCUCCUUUGCCCGGCAGCGGAGCCCAUACUCACCCAAGGGCUCUGUGCCCAGUCCCUUGCCUCGGCCCCAGUCGCUCGAUGUCACGCAGGUGCCGUCACCACUGCCACUUGCCCAGCCAUGCACACACCCUGUGCGGCGGCCAGAGCUGUUGCCCAGUGCUGAGAGCCCAGUGCACUGGCUAGAGCAGCCUGAGGGCCACCAGCGACUGGCAGGGCCGGUCUGCAAGGCAGGGCUGUCACCAGCCGAGUCCAUCCUACCCCGGGCUGGCUUCUCCCCAGACUCCUCUAGGGCGGACAGUGAUGCAGCCUCCUCUGGCGGUUCAGGCCGCAAAAGGAAGAGGAGCCAGCCUCGUGACUACACGGUGAACUUGGGCGGCCAAGUGGCCGAGGCAGGCGUCAAGCCUGUGCGGUUAAAAGAGCGGAAGCUCACCUUGGACCCCAUGACAAGACAGAUCAAACCUCUGACCCAGAAAGAGCCAGUGCGAGCCGACAGCCCUGUGCACACCGAGCAACCCAGGACAGGGCUGGACAAACCCGAGGCCAAGACCAGCCUCCAAAGCCCCUUUGAGCAGAUGAACCGGAUGGAGCUGUCGCGCAAUGAGAUCAUUCAGUCCCACCUAAGCCCGCAGAGCAGCUUGCUCUCAUCCUCCAGCGCACAAACCCCAGGGGCCCACCACUUCAUGUCUGAGUUCCUGAAACAGAAGGAGAGCACCCAGCGUGGGGCCAGGACGCCACAGGUGCUACUGCCUCCAGGCCCAUCCACUGACCUCCCGGAGCUAAGCCGCCAGGUCACGCAGAACGAUCUGGACAGAAUCCACGCCCACCGGUGGCCAGGGGUGAAUGAGUGUCUGGACACACUGGGUAACUGGUAUGACUGGACGCAGUGCAUAUCGCUUGAUCCGCACGGUGACGGCGGGCGAUUGAACAUUCUGCCUUAUGUUUGCUUAGACUGA